AUCCAUUGCCCGCAAUGCUGGUUAUUCAAGUGAACGUUUGGCCGAAUUGGUGAAAAACGAACCGAUCGUUUUGGAUCAUCCGGCUGAAUGGAAUUUGGCCAAAAUGUUAUGCCGUCUCCCAGAUAUCCUAUUGCGAAUUCAGGAUGAUUUCUUGUUACAUAUUCUGUGUGACUAUCUGUAUGAUCUCAGUUGCACGUUCACUGCAUUCUACGAUUCAUGCUAUUGCAUAGAACGGAAUCGAGAGACAGGUGAGUUGUGA